AUGAAGCAGGCUGCCCAGCGAACCCUGCAGCAGGCAGUGCGCACCGCUGCGCCCCGACCAGCCGUCUUGCGCGCCGCGCGGCCCAUCGCUUCGACUUCGGCCGGUCGCCCCUUCUCGUCGACAGCGUUCCGGCGCGAGGAGAAGAAGGACGAGGCGGACGACAAGAAGAAGAAGGAAGAGCACCGGGACACGACCGUCGAAGGGCGCUCGCCCGUCCAGGCGUUCAUCGACGUUUUCCGCGAUGAGCUCCGCAAGAACCGCGAGUGGCAGGACUCGGUCAAGCAGCUCGGCGGAGAGGUCAGCAAGGUCCAGGACAGCGAGGCGAUGCAGCGCGCAAAGGCGAUGUACGAGCGGGCGAGGAUGAUGUCGAGCAUCAAGGAGAACCCUCGACUUGCCGCUGCUGCUGCCGAGCUGCGCAAGACCGGCCACAACGUCAACGACGCCGUCAGCACCGCCCUCAAGGGAAUGGAGGAGACUGCUCUCGUCCGGACGCUCUCCCGGUCUGCUCGCGCCGUCGGAUCAGCCGCCUACACCGCUUCCGCCCCGAUCCGCGAUACAGAAGCGUACAAGGCCGUCGCAGCCGAGAUCACCGACCUUCUCGACAACGCAGCGAACGACAUGCAGCACGGCGGGUACAUCGACCGUGACGCCAGGCGGAGAAGGCGGGAGGCACGGCUGGCCAAGAUUGGGCGGAGUAAGGAGGCUGGAAUGGCGGCGAGGAAGGUAAAGGUCGAGGAGAACCCUGAAGCCGGCGAGUCGGUCGUCUUGCAUGCAACCGCCAACGCCGAGUCUUCCACGCCCUCCCGCUUGCCCAAGCCUCUCGCCGACGCUCUCGCCUCCUGGUCUCACACCUACGCCGAAUCCGACAACCCCUUCAUCGUCAUGUCUCGCUCGGUGACGGGCACGAUCGGACGAUUGUUCGACGAGACGGAGACGGCAAAGGUUACCAAGUGGGUCAAGGAGAUGGAUCCGUCGUUCACCCAAGAGAGUUUCUUGAGGGAGCUGAGGGAGUACAUCGUGCCGGAGCUUGUCGACGCAUACGUCAACGCCGACCAGCCCAUCCUCAAGCAGUGGUGCAGCGAGGCGACCUUCAACGUCCUUGUUGCUACCCUGCAAGGCUCUAUUGGCCCCUCGCUCGUCUCGGAGUCUCGGGUGCUCGACAUCCGCAACGUUGACAUCAUGUCCGCCAAGAUUCUCGAGAACGACGUUCACGUCUUUGUCGUUGCGUGGCGAACGCAAGAAGUGCUCGCUUACCGCGACAUCAAGACGAACGAGGUCACGGUCGGCGACGAGAACAAGAUUCAGCAGGUCGGAUACGUUGCGGUGCUUACCCGUGUUGAGGAGGAGCUUGACAAUGAGGAGACCGGCGGAUGGAAGGUCAUUGACAUGGCUCGUCGCGCCGCCUAA